UUGUGUUAGCUUGAUGGUCUCGAUCUCCUGACCUCGUGAUCCACCUGCCUCGGCCCCCCAAAGUGCUGGGAUUACAGGUGUGAGCCACUGCGCCCAUCCAAGAGAUGCUGUUUUAACUCACAGCCACAGCAGUUUAAGGUGAAGGAGAGGAAGGAAUUGGGAACCCAGCAGGUUUGGUAUCCCUGGGUGUGCACCCCACAGAAGUCGCGCAGCAGCUCCUGGUUCGCCUGGUUGUGCUAGAGAGAAGCCGACCUGGUUCACCUGGUUAUGCUAGAGAGAAGCCGACCUUGCCCCGUAGAUGGCACUGGUUAUGGUCAUCACCUGAUUUCUCCACACUUUUCCCUGCUGGGUUGAGGAGUCGGCAUCCAGGCCGAACGGAUUAUUAGUGCUCUUCGGAGCCACCAUCCAGGCCUUGAGGGGCCUCAGCCUUGGCUGCAGUAUUUGUAGAUUCACUUUUAGAAACUUGAUGUGGCUGAGACCGCAGCCUGGGAGGCAGUGACCUGCAGCAGCCGCCCACACAGUGGUGGGUCCGGCUCCUCCUGCCACAUGGUUGCUCUUGCAAUGUGUUUGCCUGAUUUUUUUUUAUUGUGGUCUCUGAGCUUCUUUUGUUUCUUCAGUCAUCUAAAGAGAUUUUUUAAAGGAAAAUGGUCCAGUGUGUGCGGUGCACACCGUAGCCCAGGGCCCAAGAGGGGCGUCGUGUGAAGGAGCUGUGCUUGGCGGCUCAGGUCCCUUCUCAGAGUGAGUCCUGGCAGAGCGGAGCGGCCUCACACUCCCUGCAGGAGCCCCGCAUCGGGGCGGGUGGCUUCAGCUCGCGGCAGUCGGUGCAGGGGUCCUUGUGAGGUCGGUCUGGCUGCCUGUCCCCGGCACCUGCGUGUGUCUUGAGUAUUUCCUCUUCAUCCUCCACGCGUCCCUGGUGGCUGAAUGCGCAAGCCAGCUUCCCUCUGCUGAGAGCGAAGGGCAGGAUUCGCCCCAGGAGCUUGGUCUUCCUUCAUUUGACACCAACAGUUUCUGCCAGUAGUUCUCAGGCUUGCAUGUCUGUGUUCUACUUUUUAACGUGUUUGUAAGAGAAGAGCAAAGUCAGCUAGAUUGUUUGUCCAGACACUUUGCUCUGUGGAUACAGAUGCUUUGACCGGCAGAGAGCACCAUCGCUCCCUGGCUCUCAGCGCCUCUGUCAGCAGGCAGAAGCCGUUUCCCUGUCUGGAAGGCAUGUCUGGGUGUCCACACAGCACGGCCAACGGUGCGCAGCGUGCAGAGCCGGGCCGGGAGAAGGCCCAGCCUUGCCCAGCUGCCCCCUACUCUCCCUGGCCUCGGGCCUGAGAGGGUACCCGUCCCGGCUUAGUCACCCGGAAGCCAGAAUCCUUCACAGCUUCCGAAAUUCUCCAGUGCAAGAGGAAGCCAUCCAUGUUCAGAGCUGCUUUAGACGGUUUGCCCGUCACCGGCAUUCCUGGACCUGGAAAUAGGCACCCCCAGCCAGGCCGGGGACCACUGUGUGCCCAGAAUUCUCUUCCUGUUCUUUUUCCCCUCGCCUGGCUCACAGCUGCCCCGGGAAGAAGAGAGCGGGCCGCAAGGCGCAGUCCAAGCUGGGCUGGGGGCCGAGACCAUUGGCAGUGCCCCCCACAGCAGGGUUCUCGUGCAGGAAUAUGGGUCACUGCCUUCCAAGGAGUCCUUUUUCUUCUUCUGGUUUUUAAGCUGCCACCACUUGCUUUACCUCCGAUAGAAGCAUCCAGAAUGCUGUAGUAUCAGCGUAAGCAGAAGCCGGUGUGGUGCUUGCUCAGGGUCAGUGCAUGCGGUUCUGCCCAUGGCCCUGCCGGCGGCAGUGUGAGGCCGGGUGUGUCUGGAAGCCUGUUUUCCCAGAUUGCCCUGUGCCAGGCCGCUCCCGGCCUCCUCUGAGUCAGUCACGGCCCUGCAGGACUGGAGCCAGGAUGGCCGGUCACAGAGUCAAUGGUCCUGUCGAGGCUCCUGCUGUGGUGUUGGGGUGGGUCUCCCUGCAGAACCUUCACUGUGCAGGGAGCGCAGCAAAACCUGAGGCCCGUCGGAGGCCUGCGGGCUGACGGGGGGCGGGGCACUUUCUUUCUUGGGUACAGGCUUUUCCCUCCUGGUGCCCUGCCUCUGUGCAGCCCGACGGGUGGGAAGGCAUGUGUGCCAGGCUAACAAGAUGCCCCAGUCAUGGCGGGGUUGUGUGUGUUUGGGAUCCCCAGCUGUAGUGCCUUCUGAAGAGGAACCCUUUUCCUGUGGUUAACUGGGCAGCCAGCCCUUCGCGUUCUCAGCCGGCCGUCCCAUCCUGGCAACACCAGGCUCACAUUCCGGCCCUCACCGGCAUUGCUGUGUCUGUUUACCACCUGCACUGCAAUUGUUUUUUGUUUGUUUUUGGGGGAUGGCGCCUCGCUCUGUCAUCCAGACUGCAGUGCAGUGGUGCAAUCGUGGCUCACUGCAGCCUCGGCUACCCAGGCUCAAGCAGUCCUCCCACUUCAGCCUCCUGAGUAGCUGGGGCCACAGGUGCACACCACCAUGCCCAGCUAAUUUUUGUGUUUUUCGUAGAGACAGGGUCUCACUAUGUUGCCCAGGCCAGGCUCAAACUCAUGGGCUCAAGCGAUCCUCCCACCUCAGCCUCCCAAAGGGCUGACAUUACAGGUGUGAGCCCCCGAGUCUGGUCUGCACUGCCAUUUACUUAAUAUUUUUCUUUAACUAGAUUUAUUUUUAAACAAGGCUUUGUCCAAGGACAUUUGGCUUACAGACACAGAGCUGAUUAACUGGUUAUGUAUUUUUUGAUAAGGCAGUUAAGAAAAAUGUGUAGCUGAUGAAAUAACAUGUGCUGGGCCCCACCACUGGGCCUGGGAGGUGCAGCGCGUCCCAGCAGAGGCCGCCUCCUGCCCGCCACGCCUGCUGUUCUCACCGGCAGGGGCUCUGCUGCUUAGAGCAGUGUGGCCAUCUCGACUUCUCUCCUCAUCGUCUGUCGCACACUGGUCCCCACCACGCCUCUCGCCGCCCCUGACUCUGUCCCUGUGUAGCCCGAGGAGCUCCAGCUUUCCCCGCCGACGGUGCUCUGGGAGUGGGGACGUGAUGCAACGGUGCACCCCAGACCCUUCCCUGUCCUGGGGGGAGGAGUGCGGCACGCAGAGGGGCAGAGGGCAGGGACACUGGCCCCGUGGGGGAAGAAGGUGCUGCUGUCACAGCCAUUACUGUCCUUGGUGGGACCCCAGCCUGGAGUCCGCCAUCCUUCGGCCCCGCCUGUGGCCACUGAGCUCUCAGGUGGCCACGUGCACAUCCCCUGCUCCUUCCCUGUCCUCCUGCCUCGCCCAGUGGCCUUUCUGGUCCCAGCUGCUGAAACCAGUGAGCUGCUCCAGGGUGAGGCUGCUUUCUGGCUCCUGGCGUAUUUGGACACAGAUGGGCCUUAGUAAGUGUCCAGAGGCGCCCCACGCUCCCUCAUGGUCAGCAUGAUGCCCAGGACAGACCCUCUUCACACAGCACCUGGGCCUCGGGAGCUGCUGCCCUGUUCUUGGUGAAAAGCAUCUGUACAUGUCCCAGAGCAAGCACGCGGAGGCCCGGGAGCUCAUGUACUCGGGAGCCCUGCUGUUCUUCAGCCAUGGUCAGCAAAACAGCGCAGCAGACUUGUCCAUGCUUGUCCUGGAGUCACUGGAGAAGGCAGAAGUGGAGGUGGCCGACGAGCUGCUGGAAAAUCUGGCUAAAGUGUUCAGUCUGAUGGACCCCAACUCUCCUGAGCGCGUGGCCUUUGUGUCCAGAGCCCUGAAGUGGUCCAGUGGCGGCUCCGGGAAGCUGGGCCACCCCCGUCUGCACCAGCUGCUGGCCCUCACCCUGUGGAAAGAACAAAACUAUUGUGAGUCGCGGUAUCAUUUUCUGCACUCGGCAGACGGGGAGGGCUGUGCCAACAUGCUGGUGGAAUACUCCACGUCCCGCGGCUUCCGCAGCGAGGUGGACAUGUUCGUGGCCCAGGCCGUGCUACAGUUUCUCUGUUUAAAAAACAAAAGUAGCGCGUCGGUGGUCUUCACGACGUACACCCAGAAGCACCCGUCCAUCGAGGACGGGCCUCCGUUUGUGGAGCCGCUGCUCAACUUCAUCUGGUUCCUGCUGCUGGCUGUGGACGGUGGGAAGCUAACGGUGUUCACUGUGCUAUGUGAGCAGUACCAGCCAUCCCUCCGGCGUGACCCGAUGUACAACGAGGUGAGCGCUCAGGGCUGGGGAGGGAGGAGGGGACCCCAGGGCCUGGGUCUGCCGGCUCCUGAGCCAGCUGCCUCUGCCUUGCAGUACCUGGACCGCAUAGGACAGCUGUUUUUCGGCGUCCCGCCCAAGCAGACGUCUUCCUACGGAGGCCUGCUCGGGAACCUUCUGAGCAGCCUCAUGGGCUCCUCAGAGCAGGAGGAGGGAGAGGAGAGCCCCAGCGACGGCAGCCCAAUCGAGCUGGACUGAAGCGGCCGGGCCACGUGGAGACACCACGGUCGACGACGGCUCGAGGGACGUUUCAGAGGCGAGUCCUGGGUGGCUCCUCGCCUGGGGGCUCCCGGCCCUGAGGCUGGCGGUGGCCGCGUGCCGGCGCGUGUCUGUUUCUGUGCAGCGGCUCAGGGUGGCGCGGCUGCGGGUUGCUGUGCUGCUGGGGCCCGGGAGCGGGGCCUCGCCCCUGCUGGCUGCCGCGUCCCCCGAGAUUGACCACAAUAAAGCACAGGCCUUGCCGCGGCGUCA